UCAGUAGUGCGUAAGCCACGGAGCAGAGAGGACGUGUCGGUCCGCGUGAGCUGACAUCAUCCUGACGUCUGUGCGUGUGUGUGAGGGAGCCAGCCAUCCUCUCCACGUGUCUGAGCUCAAGCUCUCUCAUUCCUACAACUAUACCAUUUGAAGUAUAUAAUAUACUUUGAGAAUAUUUAUCAUUUAACCGGUUUUUCAGAUACAAUUGUGCCGAUAUUGUAUCGCAAGGCUUAUAUGUGUUCUACGCAAUCGAGACGCAGACUAGGCGUAACUAUGCGUCUGGGGAAUUGAACUGGUGAGAACGUGCGCCAGUUAAUAAUUGUAGAGUGUGUGGUGAUGGUGUGACUUAUAAACUGUGAUAGCCAGUCCCAGGAUCACAGUCGAGGAGACUCAGAGGGUUUUAACUGUGGUAGGAGGCAGUAUGCUGGGUCCUCCUGCCUCUCUUAGCGUUAUUGUCCUACCGUUCACGACGUCACCUGUCUCUUAAAAGACGUCAACUGCCUCUCAACACGUCAACUGCCUCUCAACACGUUAACUGUCUCUCAACACGUCAACUACCUCUAAAGACGUCAACUGCUUCUAAAGACGUCAAUUGCCUCUAAAGACGUCAACUGCCUCUCAACAGUCAACUGCCUCUCAACAGUCAACUGUCUCUCAACACAUCAACUGCCUCUAAAGACGUCAACUGCUUCUAAAGACGUCAACUGCCUCUAGAGACGUCAACUGGGUGUCAACACGUCAACUCUCUCUCAAGACAUGACCUGCCUCGCUAUGGUGCGGCUGUGGCUGCUGUGUGCGGUGGCGGCGUGUGUGGCUGCCGCUCCCCCUGGUUCCUGCCCCCGCAUGUGCUUCUGUCCUCUCGACCCCCGUGGCCGUCGUCAGGUGAUCUGCAACACAGGAGGACUGGUGGAUCCCCUUCCUGUAUUAGACAUGCCUUCUGACGCAGAGGUGCUGGAAGUUGGGGCACCACCUGGUCGACCCAACGCCCUUACUCUCGGUCCCAUAUUCAAGGAUCACCGCCGUCUGGAGAAGCUGAGUGUGACGGGGUCUGGCGUUCCCGCCCUCGGCGCCCACUCCUUCUGGGGUCUGAGGCGCCUUCACACCCUCAACGUCUCCAAUAAUGCCAUCACAGCUGUCAUUGACACUAACUUUCGGGGUGCGGACAGUCUUCACACGCUGGACCUGAGUCACAACCAAGUGGAAUCGGUUCCAUCUGCUGUGUUCCGUCACAUUCGAAACCUUCGCUUCCUGAGCCUGGCAAACAACCGUCUACCUGAGAUAGUGCCCAGGAUAUUGUACGGCCUCUCUCUCCUUGAGACGCUGGACAUCAGUCACAAUCCUUUGGGCAUCUUGCCUUCUGACCGCUUCACUGAUGCUCCUAACCUGCGCGAGCUGAGAUGUGCUGCAUGUGGUCUUCAGACUGUUUCAGAGCAACUUCUGAGGGCGCUUCCGGAGUUGAGAGUGUUGGAUCUUCGUCUGAAUAGAUUAACGGAGGUACCGCCAAUAGCUGUGUCAAGACACUUGACGACACUGCACCUUGAUUACAACCACGUGUCCACUCUGAUGCCCAAUGGCUUAUCGGGUCCACCAUUGUCCACUCUCACGCUGGCCAAUAAUCGAAUUUCCUCUCUAAGUGUUCAAGCGAUGGCCAACUCUACGCUCACAUUCUUUGAUCUGGCAUACAACCGUCUGACGCGACUUCGUACUGAUGCCUUGAGUGACGGCUUCACCAGGCUUCGGUAUUUAAGACUCACGGGCAAUCCUCUUCAAGUGGAAAAGUUAGUACAAGUGAUCCCCCGUGCUAGACAGCUGCGGCAACUGGAACUAGCGGAGUUGGGCAUGACCCACCUGCCUGGGGAUUUGCUCCGGCAAUCACGCCACCUUAAAAUCCUCAACGUCUCUGGGAAUUACCUGUCAGGUUUCCCAGUGUCUGCAUUAUUUGCCACUCCUCACCUGAUCACCCUAGAUCUCUCUCACAAUAACUUCCGUGGCCUAGAACAAGACCUGGUCACUGCCUUCACUACCAUGGCCUCGCUGGAAAAAGUUUGGUUACAGGGAAACCCGUGGCAAUGUCAGCAAUGCCAUGUGGCUCCCAUGCUUGACUGGCUGAGGGAUCCAAGCGCCUCCCGCCAUCCUCAUGCAGAGUCUAUAUGUCGUGACAUGCCUAUGUCCCCACGUUGCCUCAGGUGCAUGGGACCGCAGGAGCUGGCUGGCCAGGAGCUGCAGUUGCUGGACAAGACCCACGUGCCUGAGUGUGUCCAGGAGGCUCCUGCAUGGCCGUCCUGGCUUGGAGACACCCAAAGCGACGACCCACGCUCACCUCGCAACCAUCAAACCGCAGAAUCAAUAGAAGAAACAGAUACCAGUCUUGAAGUAUUCUUCGGCGACCACAUGGCACUGAUCGUGGGGGUUGGGUGUGGGCUGGUCUUGGCUUUGCUGCUGGUGGUUGUUGCCGCCAUCUUGUUGGCCAGAAGACAUUCGGCCCUCUAUUACACGAAUGAGCCUGCUGACCAUGACUCCUCCCAAAAGCUGAUGAGUCGGAACAAUAACGACAACAGUCCGCCAGGUCCUAGAAGUCCCCCACGUGCCUCUACGCCCUACACUACUCGCACAGGAGCCUCUAUUGCCACUAUUGAGGAGGUCGACAGCAUCGCAGGAUCCACAAUCGAUUUGCAGAUUGGCAAGGAGCUAAGGGCCCCAAGGAUCGUGCGUCUGGCAGCGUCUCCCCUGCCAUAAAGUGGUCACGAUGUGGGUCCUUGGAAUGAGUCCUCAAGAGGGCCUGUAAGAGGUGAUCUUGAUUAGGGUCCCUGAGAGAGAGGGGGGUCUCUAAAAAUGGAUACUUCAGAGGGUCCCUGAGAAUGGGAUAACCAAAGUAGGGGAGGACGGCCGGGUCGGGCUGCGUCGCCGACCACAAUCUUGCAACUUAACCCUCCUGUCCCACCGGUUUGGAACCUCAUCUCAGUAUAUUGUAUCACCCUUCUCGGCCUUGUCUACCGUAUUGUCACCAGUGUGGCCUUCAAUGAGGUGUUACCAGACUUACCCCAUAGUGGGUGUUGCUAGCAGCUGGAUCCUCCAUAGUGCGUAGUGUGGCUCCUUCAGCGUCACCUGAAUGAGACCUCAACUACAUUCAGAAGUAUAAACGCUGGCCAGACUGGUCGUCCCGGUCUGUUGUGUCAGACAAGUGCGAGAAAUAAUGUAUUUCAUUGACAAUUGUGUCGACAUCUGGUUCAGACGAUAUUUAAUAUACAUUCUUUAAAAGAGUGUUUUAUUAUCUAAGAGUAAUGCCCAUAAAGUUCAAUGUAUGAAAAUAAGUUUUUAUCGAGGAUUAGAAAAUGGCAAUAUUAAUUUCUGGCGCUUGUUAGCGUGUUGCUGUGUUUUGGCCAAGUUGUAAAUGAUCAAUAAUACGAGUGUGAAAGAUGGAAGAAGAGCCUGCCUAGUCACGAGAGCUGGAGCCCAACUCCUCUACACGCGACCGACACCCUCCACGGCAGCUCUACACUGAUGAUUUAUUGAUUGAUAAAGAGUAAGCCACCCAAGAGGUGGCACGGGCAUGAAUAGCCCGUAAUACACUAAUGCUAUACAUGGCAGCUAUAUACUGCUGCUGUAUACGGCUGGCAUGCACGAGAGACAUCUCCAGUCACGCAGGGUGCAGUUGCACCUCCACAGAUCUCCAGUAUCAGCUCUUGAUACUGGUAAUGGCUCAAAAGGGCCACCACUUACGGGCUAUUCAUGCCCGUGCCACCUUUUGGGUGGCUUAAUCUUCAUCAAUCAAUCGGCUGGCAUGCAUUGCACGGCUCUUGUUCAUCAACGGUGUACAUUGAUGCCGUACACUUGCUAUAGUACGCAACUCCUCUCUAAUAUUUUCAUGCAUGUAUCUGUGUGUACGAAUGGGUGCUUGUACAUCAAAUUUAAGGUGUAUGUAAAUAUUAUGUACUAUGGAAACUAAAGAAUGUUUUCUUUGUAUAUUUUACCACUGGCCGUGUCCCAUGAAACACUCCAGUGAUGACCCUUAUGCACAGGAAUGACACCUAAUCCAUAAUUUAUUGCACAAUAGAACUGAGUGACCUGUGCUGAGAGCUGUCACACAGCUGUCAUUUGAACCCUUCUUGGCUGCGUCACCACACACACACACACACACACACACACACACACACACACACACACACACACACACACACACACACACACA